UCUUGGCAAGGUCGCUGCUUCCGCUGACAGGAUUUCAAAAUCGUGAUCUGCGAUAUACUGUUUUUUCCUCAUUAAAAUAUACAGCGACCGUAUGAGGAAUUAUAUUGCAAUGCGUCUUCCGUUUUGAAGUUUUUUUUUAUGUAAAAUGAAAUUUUGGUGCGAAUGAAGCCUAUAGGAGGAUGUUGCUUCAGGCACGUUACAGACGAAUUUUCUUCUGCCAACAGAUGUAACGCGUGUAUCGUGUUCUUUUGAUGUAAAACUCGGCUUAGUGUAAUGAUCUCGAUGUACGGAUCGAGUGGUAAAUUAGUUGUGUCGCUGAUAUUCACGUUUGUCAGCGUGUUUGUAUUGUGUGAAUAUGUGAUUUAUUAUCCUGUUAUUCUGCGAUGCUCAUGGCCUCAUAUUGAGACUGUAGAUUCACAUUUACCUUUACGGGCGUUAUUUCUCUCCGAUACUCACUUACUUGGGGCCAUCAAAGGACACUGGCUCGACAAAUUCAGAAGAGAAUGGCAGAUGGAAAGGGCAUUCCAGACAUCUCUGUGGCUUCUAAAUCCAGAAAUUGUCUUCAUUUUAGGAGAUGUAUUUGAUGAGGGCAAGUGGAGCUCCAGUCAGGACUGGGAAGAUGACGUCAGACGUUUUAAACGGAUCUUCCGUCAUCCUAGUCACACAGAGCUUGUGGUUCUUAUCGGAAAUCACGACAUCGGCUUCCAUAACGAAAUGACUAAGCAGAAGUUGGAGCGGUUUGAGCGAGUGUUUAACGUGACGUCAGCACGGAUCCUAACCAUUAAAGGAGUCAAUUUUUUGCUGGUGAAUAGUGUUGCAUUACAUGGUGAUCACUGCCCCAUCUGCCAACGUGUGGAGGAGGAGUUACACAAACUCUCACAUGCUCUUAACUGCUCCAUUCAGCUUGGCUGUUUGCAGAGUGACUCGAUUUACAGUAAAUGCUGCUUCUGA